UAUGAUACUACAUAGUAGUAUGGAUCGUUCGUUCCAUCGAAAUAGGGACGAAGAAAAACACUCGGCCUCUAGGAUCGCUAGUUGGCCCGACUCGCCACAAGCAGUUCAGUUUCAAUAGAGUCGGAAACGCGCAUCGCACUACAAGAUCUCGUGGCCCUUUAACACAUCUCGACGGCUACACUCGAUCCAGAAUCCCGCGUCGUCUGCCAUAAGGCCCACCGUCUAUGUUGCCCGUCGCCUUUCGGAAAUUCACCGUGAGCUUUCCAGUGUUUUUCGCACACGUUGUCAUAAAUGGAAACUCGGAGGAAAAACUGCUACUUUCGAUAUUUGCUGAUUCGGUGAAUUCCUGUUCGUUUUCCCGCUGUGCUUUAUCCGGCGCGAAGGACCAGUGUUAAAAUGUCAUAUUUCGGUUUCACCAACUACGUCAGCCCCCCUAAGAGUCCGGUCGAAGGGAGGAAGUCUCCGAUGAGGUCACCGAUCAUCCCCUUCAAGACGUGUCCCAGCCAAUUGAACGAGGUCUCGACAUGUCCAGACUUCACGUUUUCAAAUUCAUUAAGGUCUCCAGAUGGGCUCAUGAGGGGCAGGUCGGUGAAAGAAUUCGAGGAACAGUUGGCAGCUUUGAAAAAAGAGAACUUCAAUUUGAAAAUCCGUAUCUAUUUUUUGGAAGAACGAAUGGGUGCCAAUUUCAACUUGGAUAAAGAAAGUAUAGUCAAGAAUAAUGUUGAAUUGAUGGUUGAGAUUGAAAGUUUGAAAAAGGAAUUACAAGAAAAACAUGAUCUCCUGUGUCAGGCAGUCAAAGCUAUGGACCUGGAAGAAGAUGAAUUCAAGAAAACUGCACAAGCCAAAAAUGAGGAAAUAAUGGUUCUUAAACAUGAAGUGGAAGAGCUCAAACAGCAACUUCAAGAUGGAAAGUAUGAAAACGAUAACGAUUCUUCUCACAAAAGUUAUCACUCGGAACCCUUAUUCUUUUCUUCAAAGAUAGGCUCGAUUACAGAAUCUAAUAGUAAAGUCAAGAUGUUGCAAGACAGAAUAGCAGCACUUGAACUUGAGCUUGUACAAGAAAAAGAAAAUAAUGCAUCAUUACAAAUGAUAAUGGACCAAGCUGAGGUCAUCAAUACAAAAUACGAGCAAUUACAAGCAGAAUCAACAAAGAAAGAUGAAACUAUAAAUUCUCUAAAGAAAGAAGUUGAUUCAACAAAAGAAUCAGUCGGAAAACUAUCCGCACAGUUGAAAGAGUUCGAGAAGUCAAGAGAUACUUUCAAAUUGGAAACGCAGAAGCUAUCCAGGCUUCUCUUAGAGAAAACCAAAGCGUUGGAAGAAACAGAAGAAAUCGUUUCAGAAAUUAAAAGGAAAUAUUCCAAUUUGAAGGUGGAAUUUGAAAGAGAAAGACAGAGGUUCGAUAGAACGAAGUACGUUAAUGAAAUGAAAGUUACGGAGUUGGAGGAGGAAGUAGAGAAGCAGAAAAAUCGCGUUCAAGAUCUUCAAAAGAAAUUGGGUUCGGCCAGCCAGGAACUGAAAGAGAACCAAAAUCUCCUGGUGCCAAAGAAUCGAAAUGGCAGAUCAACUGCGACAAAUACUGACUGUGAUAAUGUUUCAGUUCAGAACACAGCAACAUCUCCUGGAGUAUCGCAAGAGAAUGCACUACGCAAUGCACUAGAUUCCAGAUCACCGUCAAAAUCACCAGUUGCACCAAAAACAUAUGACUUCAAUUCCAUCUACAAGAUUUUGAACCCCCUCACAUUCAAAGGCAAACCACAGUUAAUGAAACGAUUAGAAGAAUUGCACGACACUUUAUUUACAUCAGAGCAGAAGAUUAUUCGACUUAAAGCCCAAGAACUGAAGGCUUGCGCUCUAUUAAAAAAUUUAAUGCAAUACCACAGAAAUGCAGAGGAUCAGAUUCAGGUUCAUCAGAAAAGGAUAAUCCAGCUUGAGAAUGAACUCGAAGGUGUCGUUUCUAAACCCGAAGCAGUACAGUCCAGUAGCAAGAAACAAGAGAAAGAGGACGACAAUGAGUUCAAGGCAUUGGUUCAAGAGUUACAAAACAAAUUACAGAUACUGGAAUUGACUUUGAAGGAGAAAAAUAUUCAUAUUCAGUACAUUGAGGCUCGAAAUCUGGAUUUACAAAAUAAUAUACAAGCUAAAGAGAAGGAUCUAAUCGAUUUGGAAACCAGUAUGUCGACAUCAGGGACCGAAAAACCAAAUGAUAUAUCCGAAAACACUUAUUCGAAAUUAUUCGAAGAGAAGAACAAAGAAAUUGAAAAGUUGAAUGAAGAACUGAGAAAAAGAACCCACGACUUACAAGCUGUGGUCAAUCAAGAAUUAUGGCAGAAGAACAGAGAAAUCGAAAAAUUACAAACUAAAUUCACAAAACUGCUAGAGACAAAAGAGAAAGAAAUGACCGAACUCAAAGAAAGUUUCUCUAGUUUGUCGAUGAACUUGAAUGAGUUGAGGAGUGAAAAUGAGGAAAAACACAUUGAAAACACAAACUUGAAAAUCGACAUUUCUGAUUUGAAACUCCAGUUACAAUUACUGAGGGAGAAAAUUGGAGAAUUAGGGCUAAUUUCGGACGAUAAUCUGGAAGUCGAAAUUAUAAUUUCUAGUUUGGACGAAAUGAAAAACAUCCAGCUACAAUUUGAAGAUGUGAAGCAGGAGAAGGAAAUGUUAACGAAAAAAAUAAACGAAUUGGAGUGUGCCGUACAGGUUUAUGAAGGUUCGCCUCAGCUUGUACCCCAAGAUGAGGAACUGGAAGAAUUGAGAAACAAUCUGAAAACGAGCGAGAGCUUGAGGAUUCAAACCACCGAAGUAUGCCACAUUCUGAGGGCGCAGUUGGAAGAGUUAGCUGUUUUCCUGGAUUCCCUCAUGAAACAAAAAUCAGUCCUAGGAUUCUUGGGCUCCUCCCAGAACAGAAAACUGAAGGAAGCAAUCGAGCACAGUUUGGAUCUAUCGAAAUCCUUGAAUAUUAGCCUUUCCUUGAAUCCUGAGCAGAGUUUGAUGCAGCUCUCCAACAUAACCUCCCUGCUGAACAACUCUGCUCAUUCUAACACGACACUAGCUGAAGAUAGCAAUCGCUAUUCUUUCAGUAUCAUGCCAGAUCAGGCCACUUUGACAUACCAAAGUCAUCUAUACAGGAUCGACGACGAUAAUGAAGACCGAGAAAAGUCGUUCCUUGUUAAAUCUCUGGAAGACCAGAUACAGAUGCUUCAACGUGAGUUAAGCAUGAAAAACAGCGAAUUGAAUCGUUUUAGACGUGAGUCCAGAAGUGGAAAGGACUUGAGAUCGUCCCACACUAAACCCAGGAUAUCUCCAAGCAAACUGAAGAAUUCGAUAACCUUUAGAAGCGACCACCAAGAUUCAGAGUCUGAAGUUUGGUCUGAGCCGGACGUCAAUGUUUCCAAAGCAAGAAUCGGAUUGUUCCAGGAAGAUGAUAAAUCCAUCAAUGGAGUAGAAGAGAUCCAUUCCAGUGAUUCAACUGAUGAGAGUCUCACACAAUUGGAUUAUAAACGAUCGGAUAUUCUGAAUGAAUGUCAGGUGACCAUAACUAAAUUGAGUAAACAGGUUCAAGAUCUUCAAGCUAAGCUCCAAGAAAAAGAACAUAAUUUCAUAGAUCUUCAGGAAGCGAAUGAGACAACUAAUUCUCUCAAAGAACAGAAUAACCGUCUGCUGGUUCAGGUGGAAAAACUAGAAAAUGAAUUGGAAGAGGCUAAAUCCGAAUUGUCACAUGUGAAUGAAUGCAAGAUCAAAAUUGAGGCAGAAUUAGAAUCACUUAAAGAUCAAAUCAGUCAGCUAGAAGAAUCCAAGAAAGACCUUAUAGACUCUCAUAACAAUAAAGAUAAAGAGCUGUGUGACAAAAUCAACAAAAUGAAAGUGGAAAGAGAACAGCUGGUCAAUAUGGCGAGUGAAUAUGCCAGUAUGACGGAAACUUCAAGACAAGAAAUUAUAGAUCUCGAGAAUAAACUAGCACAGUUGUCAAUAGAAAAAGAAAACUUAGAAGUUAAUUUGAAGAAGGAAUAUGAAAAUAAUUUAAUGAUAGAAGUUAAAAACGUUGAAAAGCAGUUGACUGAUAAGAUACAAGAAACGGAAUUGAAAGCUGUUGAACAAGUAAAUCAGAUGACCCAAAAGAUUGCAGAAUUAACUGAAAAUUACACGAAAAAUUAUGUGAAAAAGUCAGAAAUUUUGGAAAAGGUUAAUGAAAUCGAAGCUUUGAAUUUGGAGUUGAACUUGUUGAAUGGAGCUUUGGAAGAAACUAAAAAAGCAGCCGAACUCACUCAAGUUGUUGAGAAGAACAUGAAGGAAGAGAUCAACACCUUGCAUGCGAAAAUUAACCAAGUGGAAUUGCAGUAUUCCAAGGCAGUACAAGAAAAAGAAAAAUUAAGAGUUGACUUAGAAGAGGAAAAUAGAAAGAGCGAGGAAAUGCAAUCGAGGUAUAAUGAGAUUCAACAACAAAUGGUUGUGAUGAAGGAUUCCUAUGAUAAAGAUGUGACCAUGUUGCAUAGUUACAAAUCAAAAUUGGAAUUGAAAGUUAGCGAAUUAGAGUUCAGCAAUGCAGAUUUGCAUAACAGAUUCGUCAAGCUUCAAUCUGAAAUUAAGGAAUAUAAUCGUAAUGUCACAUCUCCUGUUGGUAGCGCCCAAUUUGCUGAUGUUAGCAGGUCGUUACCUGUCAGUCAUGUUUCUCCAUAUAGCCGACAGAUAUCGAACACUUCUCAGUUAUCUCAUAGUUUAAUUUCGGAGGAUGAAAUUAAAACAAGAGGAGUUUUCUCCAUUGUUGUUCCUCAGAAAUCCUUUGAUUCAGAGAGAGUUGAAUCAAAUGCUUCGCCAGAUUUGGGCAUUGAGAGUGAUCAAGGAAGAUUUUCCAGCCUUGAAGUGCAAUCGCAGGUUCCAAGGCCAUUACAACAAACUAUGGAGAUAGCAGAGUCCAUGAACAAUUUAUUAGAUGCAGAAAAUGACUCUCUACAGGGGUCUACAUGUGAUAAUAAAUCCUGCUAUCAAAAAUCUUUGGAACUGUCACAGGAGAAUAACAAUUUGAAGAAAAAAUUGUUGAAGACGAGAAAGGCCCUUGAGGAUACUGUGACGCAGCUCACAUUAGCUAAUCAACGUAAAAAAUUAGUUGAAAAAAAUAUUUGUCGACAAAUUCACAAGACAAGCCAGGUGUUGCGUGAAGCAAAAGCUAACCUUGACUCGGGUUCGGAGACUGACUUCCAUAAAAAAUAAUUAUAUUAUGUGUAUUUUUGUUUAAUACUGUUAUCUUUAGGUCGUACAUUUUGGAAUGUGAUAUUUCCUAAUUUUAAUUGAACCUACUUAAAUUUUAGUGUAGUUAACUCAUUCUGAUAAUUUUAUAAUAGGACAAGGUAUUAUUAAUUUCAAAACUAUUGUGAUACAGAAUGAAAAUAAUGUACAUUUACAGAAUAUGUAUAUAAGAAAGUUAAAAUAGAAUUUUUUGAUUUUUUUAA